AUGGUGAAAAAAGACAAGAAGGCAAAGGGCCCAAAGAUGUCCACUAUUACCACCAAAAGCGGCGAGUCUCUGAAGGUUUUUGAGGAUCUGCACGAUUUUGGAACCUACUUGAAAAAUGAGACGGAGGACCAGGAGUUCGACCAUGUCCACUGCCAAUUGAAGUACUAUCCGCCAUUUGUGUUGCAUGACGCGCAUGACGACCCUGAGAAGAUCAAGGAGACUGCCAAUUCGCACUCCAAGAAGUUCGUGCGCCAUCUCCACCAGCAUGUGGAGAAGCACCUGCUCAUGGACAUCAAGACUGCCAUCAACAAGCCCGAAUUGAAGUUCCACGACAAGAAGAAGCAGGAGUCGUUUGACAAGAUCAUCUGGAAUUAUGGCGAAGAAACAGAGCUGAACGCCAAGAAAUUCAAGGUCUCGGUCGAAGUCACGUGCAACCACGACGGUGCCAUGGUGGACGUGGACUACAAGACAGAGCCCGUGCAACCCCUGAUCUAG